AUGAAGUUCUUGACGACGCUCUUAUUGGCAGCAAUCUUGACACUCACAAAUGCUGGUGCUAUUCUUGGAAAUGAUGGAGUAAAGGAGAUUCUCGUGGGCGAGAUGAGUGGAGGCAAGACUUUGUUUGUAAAAUUUUAUGCUCCGUGGUGCACGCAUUGGGAUACACUCAUGAAAGAUUGGACGGACAGCGAUGUUGCUUUGGUAAUGGAAGUUGAUUGUACAAGCGAAGAUGGGGAGCAGGAGAUUUGUGAAUUCUUUGGUGUGGAAUCAUUCCCAACCAUUUUAUAUGGCUCUUCUUUGGACCUCCAAAUUUAUGAUGGGGGUCGAACAUAUGAGGAGCUUUCCGAGUUUGCAAAAGAAAACUUGGUCCCAACCUGUUCUGUCAAAAAUCCUGAUCUAUGCGACGAUGAUGUGAAAGAAAGCAUGGAAGAAUACUUCUCCAAGACCACCACGGCAUUGGAAAUAUACAUACAACAGCAAGAGGCCAAACUUAAUGAAAUAGAGGAAGAAUACUUGGAGGAACUGGAAAAGUUGCAAGAGAAAUUCAACGAGCUGAAACAAGAGAGGGAUGAAGAAAUGGCGGCGAUUCGAAAUAGCAAGACAGGGCUAAAGAUUAUGCUGUCUGUACUGAGCGCCAAGACGACUGACGAGUCCAUAGAAAGUGAAUUGUAA